AUGACACAAGGCUCUCCUUCACAUUCACCAAGCCCAUCUCCAGCAAAUGGACCUUCCCGCAAGCAAUUACGAGUGCUCACAUUGAACGUUUGGGGAUUAGCAUUCUUUAGUAAACUGCGAAACGUUCGAAUUCCCGCGAUUGCCGCUCGAUUGGCCGCGAGUGAUUAUGAUGUUGUGGCACUACAAGAGAUUUGGUGUGAAGCGACGGAUUGGCGACAACUAAAAGAUCGUUGUUCUGUAAAGUUUCCAUACAGUAAAUUUUUCUAUACAGGCGCUUUUGGAUCGGGUCUGGCAAUUUUGUCAAGAUAUCCUAUCGUGGGAACGCACACACAUCCUUAUAGUCUUAAUGGACAGCCUAUCAUGGUCCAUCAUGGAGAUUGGAUCGUGGCCAAAGCAGCAGGCUGUGCGACGAUUGAUGUUGAUGGUUUAGGGUUGGUGGACUUUUGGGUUACGCAUACAGUUGCGGCAAGUGGUGAAGAUGGACCGGAAUCAAGGCGGGCACACAGAGUGAUUCAAGCAUACGAAUUGGCAAAAUAUGCACGCAAUAGUGCUGCAAAGGGACACCAUGUUGUUUGUUUGGGUGAUUUCAAUAGUACCCCACCUUCUCUUUCCAUCGCUGUGUUGCGAGAUGUCGGACAAUUGAACGAUGCAUUUCUGCAAACGCAUCCUUCUCUGCCACCUCAUGCUAUCUCACUUCCACGCUCGACCCGUAUCCGACCUGAUCCUCGCUUGAGCAUUGCGGAAUUGGGUGUUACGUGUGAUAGCCCUCUCAAUACGUGGACAGCCGGCAAGAAGUUGGACGAAAGAGCGUUGAAAGGAGCCGGCAAGAGAUUGGACUACAUCUUAUAUCGAGGACCGGAUGUAGACCAUAAGAGCAAAUCGCAAUUGAACUGUACCGAAUGCAAGGUGAACUUUACCGAAUUGAUUGAAGGACAACAAUGCUCUUUUAGUGAUCAUUUCGGUCUAGAAGCAACAUUUGAAAUUCUUUCUUCCGGUGAAGUCCACGCAAAUCAAAGACCUCCUCUAUCGCCUGACUCAGCAAGGGCAAGCUCAUCAAGGUUAUCCCAGACUUUGACAUCAUCCUUAUCAGCCCUUUCAGCCUCGCUAGCAGCAUCUCGUCAAUCACAAAGGAAUCAUGCAUUCACCUUUAUUGCUUCUGUUAUUUUGGCUUUUGCAUGUAUAAUCUUUGCCGGAAGUACAAGGAUGGGUCGUGUUGGUUUAGGAGCAAUAUGGGCAUUGUUUACUUUAUUGUUCACUUGGCUUGGUACGACUGCUUUGUAUAGUGCUCUGAUUUGGGGAGAAUGGGAAAAGAGAACGCUAAAAACAUUUUUGGAAUCGAUGGAAUUGGAUCUCAUGGCAGAACGAAGGAGACAUUCUUCAUUUACGGGAUCUCCACAAGCUUCCAAAGCGACACUCUCAUCAACAUCUCAGCACAAGGAUUCAAGGCGAUCUACUGAUAGCACUCAGAGGUUGGUGAAUGUUGACUAG